AUGGCAUCAGCACCACGAUUCAAGAUCGACCCGCCACUGCUAAACUCCGCAAGCCCAUGGUCCACAACACUCGAAGACAUCAAAGCACUCUACGACACGCCCUACACGGGCGCAGUGACGAUCCGGACGAGUCUACUGGAAGGCUUCAGCCACGACGACGCAGUGCACCAACAUGUCUUCUUCGACUCUUCAGCAAAGACGAGUAUUCCUGCAGACGCGAAACUCGGUGACGAGAGCGCCAAACAAUCCUCGACGUCCAAAUCCGAAUCAUCAACAACAACAGCACUAAGCACGCUCAACACACAAGGCUAUUCACCACUCACACUCUCCGAAUACCUCGGGAUAAUCAACGAGAUCGUCGGCCAACGCCACCUGGGGACAGACACGCCGACGAAGAAACCCUUCAUCCUGUCCGUGACGGGCACGCCCGACGAAAUCGCCAUGGCAUACGCGCUGAUCGCCAACGCGGCCGAGAUGGACGAAGACCUGCGGCUCGCCAUGGAGGUGAACCUCAGCUGCCCGAACAUCGCGCACGCGCCACCGCCCGCCUACGACGCGGCGCAGCUGGCCGAGUACCUCGAGGCCAUUGGCGACAGCAAGAGCACGUACCGCGGCCGCAUGGCGACGCCCGAGUCGGAGCCGCGCGUCGGCGUCAAGCUGCCGCCGUACACGUACGCGGGCCAGUUCGAGAUGGUGGUCGACGCCCUGCGCGCCGCCAAAUCCAGCGAGCCCGGCGAGGGCAGCGUCAUUGACUUCGUCACCGCGACCAACACCCUCGGAUCCUCGCUGUUGCUGGACGCCGAGUUGCAGCCCGUCUUGAACAGCGAGGCCGGCACCGGAAUCGGUGGUCUGGCUGGCGCGGCCCUGCAUCCGUUGGCGUUGGGCAAUGUCGCACAGUUGAGGAAGUUGUUGGAUGCCUAUCCCGAGACCAAGGAUGUCGUCGUCAUCGGUGUGGGUGGCGUCGAGGACAAUGCGGGCUAUGAGCGGAUGAGGAAGGUUGGUGCCGCUGCUGUAGGUGUGGCGAGUGCGCUGGGGAGAUAUGGAGUGGGUGUGUUUGAAAAGAUCACGGGAGGAGCAUGA